AUGCAUUUCAAACUUCUUUUAACUUUGGCCAUUGGGGUCUUCGCCACAACCCCCUCCCAACCUCCCUCCUCCUCCUCCUCUGAACUCACCAAAAGCAUCACCAUCACCGACAACAACGGCACAUCCCACACCCUCACUAACCGCGACUGGGACUCCAACUACGCCGCCCUCCAAGCCCGCGCCAAGAUCGAAUCCCGCUUUAAAACCGGUGGGUUUCUCGACAAGUGCAAGAACGUCCGCUACUACCUCGCCAAACCCGACGACAAGAACCCCAUGAAGAACGGGUACAACUUCGGGUACAAGAAUUCACCAUGGAUCGUGGCUGAGUGCCCGAACAAGAAGGGCAAUUUCAUCUGCACCUGGCUUGAGCUGGGCAAGUGUCUUGUCAACCGGGAUGGAGAGCUGUACCAGGGAAAGAAUGGAAACUUUCAGGAUUCGUGCACGCAGUGCAAUCUCAGAGACGACCGUUGGUUCAAUUGUGGUUGCUGGAAAAAGACUCCCAAGGGUAGGAUCGACAUGGAGGACAUUGACGAGCGUUUAAAGCGAACGUCCAUCGACCUGGGGAAGACCCCCUCCUCUUUUCUGCUCCGUCGUAAAUGCUAA